AACUACAAACACAUGUGUAUCACGUGACCGGCGCUUUUCGGUUUGUGGGUCGCGCGUGCGUUGGUUCGUCCAAUCAGAGCGCUCGACACUGACUUGAGCAACUCUCCUCCACCGAGCAGAAUAACAUGCGCGCGGCAGAUGCUGAUGUUCAGAGCGAGUGAUCCUUAGUAAAUAACAAACAUGAUCCGGAUCGCCGCUCUCAAUGCCGCGUCUCAGGCUGCGGAUGAGCAUGAAGAAGCCUUCAGAAGCACUAAACCAAGUCAAACUAAGGAAGCUCAGGAGGCAGAAGCUUUUGCCCUUUAUCAUAAAGCUCUUGACCUGCAGAAACAUGACAAGUUUGAUGAAUCUGCCAAAGCCUACCAUGAGCUUCUCAAGACCCCUCUGCUCAAAGAGGCAGUGCCAUCUGAAGAUGAGAAAGUUGGACUCAAGCAUCCUGGACUGAUGUUAAAAUAUUCCACCUAUAAAAACUUGGCCAGCCUCGCUGUACUCAAAGAUGAUAUUGACACUGCCAUGGACCUUUAUGUGCAGGCUGUCGUGUUGGACUCUACAGAUGUGAAUAUGUGGUAUAAAAUGGGCAGGUUGGCUUUGAAAAAGGCAAGUAUGCCUUUGGCUCGCCAUGCUUUCGAGGUGGGCUUACGCUGUAACCCUGACCACUGGCCCUGUCUGGACAGCCUGAUCACAGUCCUCUAUGCACUCAGUGACUACAGCUGUUGUCUGUACUACAUCUGCAAGGCUUUGGAGAAAGACACGGGUUACAGUAAGGGUCGUGUGCUAAAGGAGAAAAUCUUUGAGGAACAGCCCUGUCUCAGAAGAGACUCUAUGAAGAUGUUCUCCAAACUUGAUGUGUCAGUGCAGUAUGGUGAUGUGGAUGAAGACGAGGCUCACAGUAUUGUAGAGGAGGCGCUGGAGAUGAGGAGACAGAGACAGGCUAAACUAACACGCCACCCAGUAGCUGAUCUGCAACUGGUUCAGCCAAUCAAAUUCUUCACGUGGAAGAGUGUGGGUGAAAGUUUCCUAGCCAUGUACAAACACCAAAACGCUUGUCUGGUCCCACGGCCUGACUUCAUACGCAGAAUCGACCUGACGAUGUACCGUUACCCGGACUGCCUCCUCCAGGUGCCCGUCACCACGCCAACGGCCACAUUCGUCGUUUCUUCAGACCCUCCUCUGCCCCCGGUUCUAGUUGCACUGCCUCAAGCCCCCUCUGCCCCUCCUCCUGGUCCCAGCAGCCCAGCCGCCAGUUUGCCCCCAUCCAUGGAGUUCCCCAUUCAGCCGCAGGACCAGCUCAGCACUUCUGGAGGGGUACCACAUAGCCAAAAUGUAAUCGAGGUGACCACCACAACUACAGUCACUGUUUCUGCUACCAAUGGAUGUGAGGAUGCUGUGGUUACCACGGUUACCUCCGCAGCUCUGGAUGCUGCCUUGAGUGACAAAGUGAAAAAAGGCACAAAGAGAAAACGCGUGGUGGAGGACAAUGUAGAGACGGCAAAGAGACGUUCGGCACGUGUCCGUAACACCAAAUGCAAGAAAGAAGAGAAGAUUGACUUCCAAGAAGUUCUCCUGAAAUUCCUCCCAUCCAGGUCUUUUUAAAACUUCAACUUUUCAGAGCUUACGGUCCAACAAUAAGCUUUGUAUAACAAAACAUCGUCCAAAGUAGGGCCACAACAGAUAAUCGAUAAAAAUGAUAAUGAUGUUAAUUGUCAAGGAAUUUCAUUAUCGAUUAGUUGUUCUGUGUUGUAACAUGCUCCUGCAGCACCUAAUUUAGUGCCCUAUUUAGCUAUAAUAAUAACUGCAGUAAAUAUUUAUGUUUUUAUCCAAUUAGUUGAUUAAUAAAAAAAUUUAUCGGGCGAUUAAUUGAUUAUGAAAAUAAUCAUUUUGCAGCCCUAAAGCCUUGCUUCACAAUAUAAUUCAUAUAAAUUCUUUCCCCGCUAGCAUUUUUUUUUUAAAUUGCCAACCACCUCCAGCAUUUUUUAUGAUUUUCACAAAAGUUUAAUUCCUUCAAGACAUUUUUUUUCUUAAAAUAUAUAAACAAACAAUACACUCACCUAAAGGAUUAUUAGGAACACCUGUUUAAUUACUCAUUAAUGUAAUUAUCUAAUCAACCAAUCACACAGUUGCUUCAAUGCAUUUAGGGGUGUGGUCCUGGUCAAGACAAUCUCCUGAACUCCAAACUGAAUGUCAGAAUGGGAAAGAAAGGUGAUUUAAGCAAUUUUGAGCGUGGCAUGGUUGUUGGCCAGUCUUGAGUAUUUCACAAUCUGCUCAGUUACUGUGAUUUUCACACACAACCAUUUCCAGGGUUUACAAAGAAUGGUGUGAAAAGGGUAAAACAUCCAGUAUGCGGCAGUCCUGUGGGCGAAAAUGCUUUUGUUUAUGCUAGGGGUCAGAGGAGAAUGGGCCGACUGAUUCAAGCUGAUAGAAGAGCAACUUUGACUGAAAUAACCACUCGUUACAACCGAGGUAUGCAGCAAAGCAUUUGUGAAGCCACAACACGCACAACCAGGGUCCGAAAUUAACUUUUUGGCUCACCUGCCACGGGGACUGGUAGAUGAAAAAUCCACCGGCCAAACACAUUUUUACCGGCCAAAAUUUCAAAAUCCCUGGUAGCCCUUCGGGCAGGCACUCUUCAGUUUUUGUUAGCCCGAAAUGAAUGCAAGUAGCCCCAAUAAAAAAUACAGUACUUUUAAUGUAGAAUAUUAAGAUAAAACAUCUAUCAAAACACAAAUAACACAUAUCAAUUUUCAGUACAUAUCAAUCAUCAGUACAAAUUUUUCUUCUAACCGAAGUGAAAUAUCUAUACAUCAGAUUCUGAAUCUGAAAUAUUAACUGAAGUCACAGAUAAGAAAAUGCCACUUGACUUUGUGGGCAUAGCACAGGCUUAUUCAAUUAGUUUUACCACAGGCCAAAUUUUGCCAAUACAAAGCCAAUAGGGCCUCUAACCACAAUGUUUAA